AUGACAGAAGAUUAUAUUCCAACACCUGAAUAUAAAAUUAAUCCUGAAUUACAUGGAAAUGUUUAUCCUCCGUCGGAAGACACAUUUUUGUUGAUUGAUGCUUUGUCAAAAGAAAAAGAUGUAAUAAUUUCACUAAAUCCGUUAAUUUGUUUGGAAAUUGGCUGCGGUUCUGGAAUUGUAGUGAUUUGUACUGAUUUAAAUUUAUCUGCCUUAAAGUGUACAGAAAAUACAGCAAAACUAAAUUCUAUUGGAUUAGAAUUUUUGGAAUGUGUUCAGUGUGAUGCUGUUGGACCUUUGCUUCCAAGAUUAUAUAAUUCUUUGGAUUUACUUUUACUUAAUCCUCCAUAUGACAUUUGCUUUGCUGGUGGACCUGAAGGACGCAAUUUAUUAAAUAAAUUAUUACCUUUUAUUUCUAAAUUACUUUCUCCAAAUGGAGUAUUUUAUCUUGUAGCCAUAAAAGAAAAUAAUAUUGCUGAUUUAAUUUCAACUAAAAAUAGAUUUGGAUUAAAUGGGACUAUUAUAUUGGAAAGACAAUGCAAAAAUGAUAAUUUAAAAUUAUCUUCAAUACAAAAAUCUUGCAUUAAAGAAAUUCAAAUAAAUACACCAAAAACAGGAACAAUUACCUCAAAUAAAAUAACUCUUCAUUUAAAGCCGGUUGGCAACGCACCUCAACUAAGAAAAGAAUUUACAAAGUAUAAAGUUGACCCGAAUUGGACGAUAUUUAAUUUACAACAAACUCUAAAAAAACUCUUAGGUGUUAAAACUGAUCCUAUUUAUCUUUUUAUUAAAGAAGCAUUUGCUCCAAGUCCAGAAAGCACUAUUAGUUCUCUAUAUCAAUGUUUUGGGACUGACGGUGGAAUUUUGUAUAUUCAUUAUGGUUUAACACCAGCAUGGGGAUGA